GAGAUGCUUCAAAGCCACAAAAGCCACGAUGAUGAAGAGUUAUUCUCAAAAAGGCAUCGGAAACAUUAAAGGGAAUUUUUCCUCAGGCGACCUUUAUAUAGAAGCGCACCUUUCUUGUCAGGGGCGCACUAGCUGCAAAUAGUUUAUAUAGUAUAUUUGCGAAAUGAUUACGUUGACCGUUGCGCAGAUCUUCAGAAUCGAAAAGACGCAGCUGCUACAGACCUAAGACUUUGAGCAAGCAAUCUCCAGACUGGGGUAGCAGACCGCUCUUUUGGAAUAGUCUAGGCGCACUUUGGAAUGCCGAGAUGGCAAGCGCGAGGAACAGUCUACAGAAACACUCAAAACUGUUUGUUCUACUUAAUUUUAUGACACUGACAACCAAUGCCAUCGAGACAGUUAACCUCGUGGACUUCUGCGGCCAAACCAUCCGAGAGGACGGCAUGAUCGUCAACUCCCACCGGGAUUCCCGGAAGUACUACUUCGUCACCAUGGGGACGGACUGCCACCUCACCAUGCAGGCCGCCUCCCCCAAGGACAAGGUGCAGUUCCACUUUCGCUUCUUCCUGGUCUACAGCCUGCUGAGGGUGUCGCCCCUGAGCCCGCCCCUGCUGAGCCCCACGCCGCUGUUUCCGGAAGCGUGGCGGAACCUCUCCCUGCACCACCCCACCAACGGCGGGGUGCGGCCCGAGCCCACGCCCCAGGGGAGCUGGCACGAGGCCGGGGACCCCUGCCACGCCGGGUCCUUCAUCCAGUUCUACGACGGGAAGGACAAGGCGGCGCCUCCGCUGGGGCCGCCGCUGUGCGGGAAGACCAUCCCCAGGCCCGUCCUGUCCACGGGGAACUAUCUCACCCUCCGGCUGAUGACCCGGGGCACGCAGCCCAGGGUGGAUUUUAUGGGCCAUUUCACGUCUUUCAGGCUGGCUCUAGGGCUCAACCAAUCAGAAUGCCGCAGUGAACCGUAUUUUACGUGUGAAAAUGGGAAGUGCAUUCCUGUGAGUCUGGUGUGCGAUGACAAAGGAAUUGAUAACUGUGGCGACGGCAGUGACCAGGCAGACCGUCCACCUGCGGAUUGCAAAGGCCAGUACUCCACAGCAAGGACCAGGCAUCCAAGGGUGACGCCCCCUUCGUCCAUCUUGAACCCGCCCACUUUAUCUCGGUCUACCAAUAGCUGUGGGACUCCAGAUAAACCAGACUCUGCGUCAGACUCCCGGGACCCCGUGUCCCUGCUGGGGCUGUACGUCCUGCUGGGCGUGCUGGCGGGGAUGCUGGUGCUGUGCUGGUGCUGCUGGUCGCCGGGCUGGUUCCUGUGGAGGGUCAGCGUGUGCCGCUUCCUGCCCUGCUGCAAUUCGGCGUGCGCCUCCUGCCAGCUGUGCACCCGCAGCUGCUCCCGUCCCGAGGAGCAGCUCCGCCCCGGCAAGGUCACGCCCCAGGGCACCGCCACCGCCACCGCCAUGGCUGUGUAGCCCCGCCCACCCCUGGAACGUGAGGAGGAGUCAUCCCCCGCCCCAAAUCCAGGCUGGUGUCACCCGUGGGCUAAUGUGCAAACCCGGGUAGGACUCCCCCCGUGGACUUUUUUGAGUUGGGCUGCGUGUUCUUCCACCGAACACGAGACUCAAAUAUUUUUUUCGGUUUUUUUUUAUUGCCCUUUUGUGAACCUGAGGAACGUUGUUAUAAAACAGUUACAGCAGACUGGACGCCGCUCAAUAGGACGUUGAGCAUAAGCGAAGAGUUGGAAAUUAAACAAGUGCUGCUUGUUGACACUGAGAUCAGACUCAGAGUCACAAACUGUUAGAUUCAGAUUCACUGAAGGUUUGCAGCGGAUACAGGGUGCUCCGAUAUCAGAGAUAGCUACAGACAACAUUAACCACUUUCUCCAACCAUGCAAACAUCCAGCUGAAGGUUCCAUUCCUGAGAUAACUACAGCCUGAUAGGUCAGGAUCACCCAUGUUUAACCCCUUUACUGUGUCGUGUGAUCACCCAGCAGAGGUGGAAG